CCAACUCACCCAAGUCGCUCAUUAUGUCCCUCCUCCAGCGCAUAGCCAGCGCGACGCUCCCGCUCGAAGCGAGCCUCGAGGCGCCGCUCGCCGCCGUGCCGGCCGUGCAGGCGCUCGUGCGGCACCUGCAGACGACCAACGUCCACCCUUACGUGCCCUUUGCGCGGUUUGGCGCGCUGCACGCCCUGCGCGUCGGGCUGGCGUGGGCGCAGAUGACCAAGGGACGGGGCGAGGUCGGUGUGCUUGCUGAUCUGUUGGGUUUCCUCGUCGUGGCUUGGGGCGGCGGCACGCUCAACUCGCUCAUCGCGUCCCAACCCCCGUUCUGGCUCCUCUCCCCGACCCCCUGGGGGCUCUACGUAGCAGGCUACGUUGCGCUCAUCCCGACCGGCCUCGCGUCCUUCAUCAGCUCCACGGCCCCCGCGCUCCCGCUCGCGCUCUUCACGGCCGUGCUCGACGGCCUGCUCCGCGGAGUGGCCAUCACGCUCGUGCCGGCACUGACGGCGGGCUUCGUGUCCCCGGACGCGAGGUACGGGUGGUUCGCGCCCGUGCUGCUUUCCGCCGUCGCGACGUGCGGCGGCGGCUGGAUCGUCCAGGCGUUCGGGCUGCACAAGGCCCACUGGGCGCUCGGACGGCCGGGCGUGCUCGACGGCGGCCUGCUCAACACGCUCGACGUGUGGGGCGCCGCGCUGACGGCCCUCCUGUACCUCGCCUUGACGGGCGGAUACCCCUCCCUCGCGCCGCUGAGCUCGGCGCUGGCCUCCGGCCUGCCGGCUGACCUGAAGGCGGGAGAGAAGGGCUCCGGCAUCGUGUCGCACGACACGGCGCGCGCGAUCGCCGUCGUGUUCUUCACCACGCUGUUCGCCGCGCGCGCGCUCACUUCUGCUGCCGUGUCGUGGCGUAACUCGCUCGCGAGCACCGCCGGCGCCGAGCUCAAGCGCGACGUCGACGAGAAGGCCGAUGCGGAGAAGCCGUCUGCCGUGCUCAAGGCCGGCGCUGAGCCUGACCUCUCCGUCUCGGCACCGAAGCAGCGCAAGCGCAAGCACAAGAAGGCCAAGAGCCCCACGCCGUAGAAUCAAUCCACCAUGAUAGAUCAAUACCCUACGAACCGUAUACCCUAAUCGAUGAUACUACAGCGAGCAAGCCCUUACUUGCCCGCGAGAGCGCGCGCCUCCAGCGCCUGCCACCAGCCCACGGC